UGGGAACAGGACAAACAGGAAGUGUUGGAAGGAAAGUGUCCCGCGAACGGCAGAAAUCGAUCAGGACACAACAGCAACCCAUUAAAGCAGAGCCAAACUUUUGGUCCCUCCCACACCCAGCAUGGACAACCUUGAAGAGGACCUGACAUGCUCAGUGUGCUACUCGCUGUUCACAGACCCGCGGGUGCUGCCCUGCUCCCACACCUUCUGCAAGGCCUGCCUUGACAACGUGCUGCAGGUUUCCGGCAACUUCUCCAUCUGGCGUCCGCUGCGGGUGCCCCUCAAGUGCCCCAACUGCCGCAGCGUGGUGGAGCUGCCACCCACUGGCGUGGAGGCCCUACCCAUCAACGUCUCCCUGCGCGCCAUCAUCGAGAAGUACCAGCGUGACAGCCAGCCCCGCUCGCCCGUCUGCCCUGAGCACCCCCGCCAGCCGCUCAACGUCUACUGUGUCCAGGACCGCAAGCUCAUCUGCGGCUUCUGCCUGACCAUCGGGCAGCACCAGGGCCACGCCAUCGACGACCUGCAGACGGCCUACGUGAAGGAGCGUGAGGCGCCAGCCCAGCUGGUGGAGCAGCUGACGGACAAGCGCUGGGCGGAGGUGUGCACCCUGGUGGAGCAGUUGGAGCAGGAGAAGGCCCGCUGCGAGAGCCUGGUCCGGCAGGACCGCGAGGCCGUGGCCCAGUUCUUCCAGGGCCUGGAGCGGGUCCUGGCCCGGAAGAGGGACGCCUUCAUGGCUGCGCUGGACGCGGCGAGCCUGGAGCUGUUGCGCGAAUACGACCCGCUCAUCGAAAAGCUGAAGGACAUGAAGGAGGAGCAGCUGGACCUCAUCUCCUACAGCACGGCUGUGAUGGAGGAGGACUCUCCGCUGGUGUACCUGGAGAAGGUCCACAUGUUCCGGGAGAGGGUGGAGGCUCUCACCAAGACUCCUCUGCCUAAGGUCACGUCCCUCUACAUCCAUCCGCGGGUGAGCGAGUUCCUCGAGCAGCACUGGGCCGGCGUGACCAUCGCGAACCUAGAGCAGAGCCAGAUCCCACGGAUCACCUGUUGCGCCAACGGGUUUCGCCCAAAAGAGGCGAUCUGCUCCAAUUGGCUCCGAAUGUGCCCCACAAACCCGGCCUCAUCUACCAUUCUGCUUGUUCUCCUUUUUUUGAUUGUGGUGCUAGGACUCACUUUUGCAGUUGACCCAACCAUCAUGUUCUCCAUCCUACAUCAGGUGAAUCGAGUAGCUCAGAGUUUCAGCCACGAGCUGUUAACUCCUCUCUGUCUGAUGAAAGAUACAGUAGUGUACCUACAAUCUCUGGUGGCUGACCUCAUUCACAAAUCUCAGUCUGUCCUGUCCUCUUUGGAGGAAGCAACUGGUUAUUACAUGGCUUCCAUCUAUAAGAUUUUCUGAUCAUCUUGACCAAGAACUUUUAAGUGACUGUGUUAGUAUUGAGAUGUUUUUCCCCCCCCACACUACCUGUGUAGCAUGUAACUAAAAAAGUGAAAAUCAUGUAGCUCUCAGCAAAAACCUUGCCUUUUAAUGAACUGUUAAGCAGACAUCUCUCUAUGCUGUGAUUGACACCUAAAGGCAAAGCAGUCCUAAC